AUUCCAAAAAUAUCGAAAACCAUAACCGGACCCACAUUUACUACUACAAGUCAAUGGAUUUAGAUGAUGCUAUUACUGUUACACCAUUAGAAAUCGAUGGUAGACCAUGGUAUGUGAUGAUCAGUUGGCUGGAAAAUGCAUUCAGACUAAAUUUAUAUAAUGCAGAUGUUGUAUGGAAAGGAAAAUUUUCCUACAACAGACUAGCGACCUUUAGUAAAAGUUUUAACAUGACCGAGAAGGAGUAUUAUGCCAGCAUAAAACGUUGUUUAUCUGAAAAGAGAAAAGAUUACCAAUAUGAACUUAAGGACGGGUUUUUCUAUUGGAAACAAAAAAUUCAAAACGGAUUAAAACAAUAUAAACGAGAUAUGAUGAUAAUUCGAGGAUUCAUGCCAGUUGAAUUGGAUACCUCGUCAAACAAGAUUCGUCCAGAUUUGAUAGAAGUUCUUUUGACUUUAAAUAAGCAACUAAAAUAUAAAGUAAACAAACUCAAAACCGAGUAUGAAACAAUUAAAUCAGACUAUGAAACGUGCUUAAAAGACACUCAAGAAUUUUUCAAUUUAAAAAUUGAGAUGGAGAAAGCACUUUGUAGUAGAUUUUUAAACACAAUAAUUCAUUUUAAAAAAUCUGAAGUGGACUCAUUCAAGACUUCGAACGCAGUGUGCGCUGACACCAAACUAUUUAUAAAUCGUUUGAGCAAGAUUUAUCCAGACGAGAUUAAGAAUUGAUUUUCAAAAAAGCAUUAGGUAAUUUAA